UCGGACCACUCUUCAAUUGCCAUCAUCCAUCAUAGCAUCAAUACAUCUCUUACGACCCACCAUCACAUCGGGUCAAAUUCUCCUAGCAGCUUAGUUUACGGUCAAAUCUUAGGUCCUGCGCUCGUCGUGGCUUGAAUGGCGCCAUUAUAUCAAGCUAUCAAUGUCCAAUUUCAAGAGGAUGUGCCAGGGUCACAUGCUGUCUACCGUGCGGUCGCUGACCCAGAAUGGACAGUAGCUGCGGUACCCAACGGCGGCUAUCUCCUAGCGAACAUCAUCGACGCAUGCAUGCAGUUCCAAACUUCAGCAAAGUCCCAUCCAGAUCCCAUACAUGUCACGGCCCACUUCCUACAUAGCACAGCAGCCGCUGCCUUUUAUGUACACGUGCGAUUUCAGAAACGAGGAAAAGGAUUCACGAACCUCGUGGCAGAGCUCAUACAGAAUGGCAAAACUACUAUCAUAUCACACCUCAUCUUUGGAAUCCUCGCCCCGCCACCAGGCUCUCCAAACAAGACCCUUGCCCCUCCUUCACCUUAUGCACGGCGUGUUCCUUUGUAUCGACAUCCAUCUACUGCCCCAUUAGAACUGGAGAAGAUUCGAGAUGUAUACAAAUUUAGACAAUACUUUCAAUGUACACAGGAGCCUGAGAUCCGAGCCAAGGUUGCCUUGGAUAGCCCUACGCGUACCAAUGGGACAACCAUCGGUGGUGGUGGCAUGGAGGGUGGAACAUGGUUCGGCCUGACGGACAGGAAUGAGCGGAUAACGACACCUUCGCUUGCUCUAUUCGCCGAUGCGUUCUUGAAUAUUCCCGUGUUAAUACCGAAGAGUGAACCACAAGCGCUCAGAUGGGGGGAUUUUACAUAUGACACUUGUAGCUGGUUCCCUACAAUGGUCAUAACGCUCGAGUUCAAGUUUCCGAUCCCCCCUCCAUCCAAAGAUCACGCUUCUCGGACGGUUGGGAUGUUUUGGCGCGGAAAUUUUGUGAAUGACCCUCAAGGGAGACAUGAAACGUACGUGGAGUUGUGGAGUGCACCGUCGGACGUCGGGGAAGGUUUCGAGGUUGACGGUUGGCGGGACAAUCAAGUUUGCUUGGCUGUCGCUAAUCAAAUGUCGUUGAGCCUCCCCAUGGAGGUCAACCUCAAGCAAGGGAAUAAUGAUUCUGCAAAACUGUGA